CUUGCUUGUUCAGCCUACAUGCCGAUAGUCUAGCUAUCUUGUUCACACCCAACUCGUUCACAUACAUAUUAUAAGUUACAUGCUCAUGCAUCCCCGCCCCGUCUGUCGAUAUCUUUUUUUCCCCUUGAAUCUUUUUUUUUUUGGCACAUCGGGCUGCUUGAAGGCUUCAUUUUCAUUUCACCAUCCUCCCACGGCAAAGAGGGAUAGUGGGAGAGAGAAACUACCGGUUUCCUCGCAACCCUUGCCGGUUAGUUAACCUACCGUGCCACCCCACUUGCAGCAGUGGAAAGAGCUGCCCCAGACAUCUCGUACGAAAUGUCGGACUCUCACCAAUCAAUAGCUCCAUCCCCACCUUCGCAGUUCCCUGCUUUGGAUAUCGAGACAAACCCACAUGACUACUCUGAUAUCGAUUCUGGCUUUGGUGCCUCUAUCGCGAGGACUGAGAACAGCUAUUCUAUGAUAGCGGGCUCGGGAAUCCAUCCCUACGUUUACGAAAAUGGACGUCGCUACCAGGUUUAUCGUGAAGGGGUAUAUAUGCUGCCCAACGACGCUCAGGAAAUUGAGAGAUUGGAUCACUUUCAUCGCAUAUUUCUCGCCUUGUUGGAUGGAAAGCUUUUUAUUGCCCCGCUCGGACAAGACGGGCAUAGAGUGAGGAACGUAUUGGAUAUCGGGACGGGAACGGGGACCUGGGCAAUUGAGAUGGCCGAAGAGUUUCCGGACGCCAAAGUGAUGGGGAAUGACCUGAGCAAGAUACAACCAUCAUGGGCCCCUAGGAACUGUGAAUUCGAAAUCGACGAUGUCGAAAGUGACUGGACAUAUCCCGAAAACCACUUUGACUUCAUCCACCUUCGAAGCUUAAGCGGGUGCUUUCAAGACUGGGACAUGGUGAUAAGGAGAUGUUACGAUCAUACCGCGCCCGGCGGAUACAUCGAGUUCCAGGACUACGACGGCAACCUCAAAUCGGGAUUAGGGACCAUGCCAGACAACGCCGUCUCGCGGUAUUGGGGGGUGGUGUCCGAAGCCGCGUCUUCAACUGGCAGAACCUUCCUAGUGGCCUCGACCAUUGAGGAGCGUAUCAAAGCAGCUGGGUUUGUCGACGUUACUGUGAAGAAAGAGAUGUGGCCGCUAGGACCGUGGCCGAAGGACGAGCGUCUGAAGGAGAUUGGUCGUCUAGGGAGAACUGGAAUGAGGAGUGCUGUUCAUGCUUUCGCCUCGGCGCUGCUCACGAGAGUGCUGGGUUGGGAUGAGAUGCAGGUGCAGAAGCUGUGCCAGGAGGCGACGCAGGAGGUUAAUGACGGGAGUGCGCAGCUUUAUGUUACUGCAUACUUCGUAUGUGGCCGCAAGCCGUUAUGACCUCGACACACCGGAGGUAUAGGAUUGAUAUCUAUCAACCAACAAAACAACUCAGCCACCUACCAAACAAAAAGCCAGAUCCAGGUGGCAUCUCAGGAGGUUGGGUGGGCGUUUGAGUGUUUUUUUAUUUUGUCUGAUUUGAUUUAGCUCGUUUUGCGUUUCCGUUUCGUUUUAA